CCGCCCCCCAGGGCACGCAGGGCCGGGGCAGCGAGCAGGCACCGGCUGCCACGUCGUGCCAUCCCCUCUUCCCGGCCCGGCCGGGGCACCGAGGCCGCAUCCCCGCCCUCAUCCCUGCCUGCAUCCCCGCAUCCCUCCCGCUCCGCUCUUCGGCGGCGGCGGGAGCCCCUUUGGCGGAUGCUGCGCGUCUCUCCGGGCCGCUGGUGCUAAAUGCUGAGCGCCGACAGGAUGGAGGAGUUUCAGAGCGAGGAAGAGGAGCCCUGGUAUGACCAGCAGGACCUGGAGCAGGACCUGCACUUGGCCGCAGAGCUGGGGAAGACGCUGCUGGAGCGCAACAAGGAGCUGGAGGACUCCCUGCAGCAGAUGUACACCACCAACGAGGAGCAAGUGCAGGAGAUCGAGUACCUGACUAAGCAGCUGGAAAUGUUGCGGCAGAUGAACGAACAGCACGCGAAAGUCUACGAGCAGCUGGACCUGACAGCACGGGACCUGGAGCUGGCUAACCAGAAACUCGUGCUGGAAAGCAAGACCUCCCAGCAGAAGAUCCAGUGCUUGACAGAAACAAUCGAGGGGCUGCAGAACCAAGUGGAGGAGCUGCAGAAGCAGGUGGAGGAAAUGCGGAGCUUGGAGCAGCUCCGCAUACGGCGGGAGAAGAGGGAGCGGCGCCGAACCAUCCACACCUUCCCCUGCCUUAAGGAGCUCUGCUCCAGCCCCAGGUAUGAGGACGCAUUCCAGGUCCACAGCUCUUCCACAGAGUUCAACCAGAAGCCACUGGAGAGGGAGAACGAGCGUCUCCAAGCCAUGGUGAACUCCCUGAGGUCCCAGGUCAACCAGGAGAAGCAGCGGAAGGAGAGGGUGGAGCGGGAGUACACCUCCGUUAUUCAGGAGUACUCGGACCUGGAGCAGCGGGUGUGCGAGAUGGAGAACUGCAAACUGCGCAUCAAGGAGCUGGAGGCAGAGCUCCUGGAGCUGCAGCAGAUGAAACAAGUCAAGAAGUAUUUGCUCAGCAGAGAGGACAACUUGUCCGAAGCCCUCCUGGAGCCGCUGAACAACGCCCCGGAGGCAGAUUACAUCGACCUCUCCGAGGAGGAGGGAGGGAAAAGCCACGGCACGUCCAUGACGCCGUCCCCGAACCACCCCGUCCGGAAGAGCUGCAGCGACACGGCCCUGAACGCCAUCGUGACCAAGGACGCCGUGAGCCGGCACGAGGGCAACUACACCCUGCACGCCAACAACGUGCGCAAGAGGGGCAUGUCCAUCCUGCGGGAGGUGGACGAGCAGUACCACGCCCUGCUCGAGAAGUACGAGGAGCUCCUGAGCAAGUGCCGGCAGCACAAGGACAGCGUGCGCCACGCGGGCGUCCAGACCUCCCGGCCCAUCUCCCGCGACAGCUCCUUCAGGGACUUCCGAGGGGAGGCGCACGAGCUGGAGGAGCGGAAAACCAUGGAGAAGACCAUCAGCAAGCACGUGGAGGCCGUGGACAAGCGGCUGGAGCAGAGCCAGCCGGAAUACAAGGCUCUCUUCAAGGAGAUCUUCUCCCGCAUCCAGAAGACGAAAGCAGACAUCAACGCCACCAAGGUGAAAAACAAGAGCAGCAAAUGAGCCCCCCGGCUCUCCGCAACUCUCCCACGUGCAAUUGCAGCAGCCACGUCCUCUCUUCAGCCCCAGGAAAUGCCACGUGGCCCCUCUGCUUUGAAGGUUCGAGAGGUCUGCGAGCGAGGAAACGUCCUGGAGACUCAACUCACUUUUUUUUUUUUUAAGUCUGGGCUCCGGACAACUCGUUGGGACACUUGUACAUUAUAGUUAGAGGAUUUCAGAAACCAUAUGACGGAUCUCUGCAUGAGUUACUGCCGCUGCCAGACAU